UAUUGAAGAUUUAGAGCUGUCAUCCGAGUAUAAGUAAAAAUUGGUUGAAAAAAGGGAGGCACUGAUCCAGCAGAGUUGGUACAUAAAAAACGAAAACUUGAACGCUAUGCCAAACGGAGCUUGACCCAGAAGUUGAAGAAAAGUAGCUGAUUUUCGGCAAUUGUUCCCCCAGAAACUAUAAAUCGUAGUCUGAAAGGGCUUCAUUAAGCGAUCGAGAUUAUCUACAAGAGGCUCAUCGUCUUCAUUAGGCAUCCAUCAUCCAUGUCUCUCUUAAACCAGCUUUUCAACAGAGGCGUUUUUGGCACAAAGUGCAAAACAUGUUUGAACUUGGCUAUUUCACGCAUGAAAUUGCUGCAAAACAAGAGAGAUGUGCAGCUCAAACACAUGCGCAAGGAAAUUGCGCAAUUUUUGCAGGCUGGCCAAGAAGCAAUAGCUCGAAUUCGGGUGGAGCAUGUUAUACGAGAGCAAGACAUAUGGGCUGCGUAUGAGAUAUUGGAGCUGUUCUGUGAAUUUGUCCUUGCACGUGUUCCCAUUAUUGAAAGCCAGAGGGAGUGUCCACCAGAAUUACGAGAAGCUAUAUCAAGUAUAAUUUUUGCUUCCCCAAGAUGUUCAGAAGUUCCAGAUUUAUUGCAGAUCAAGAAUUUGUUUACAGCAAAAUAUGGAAAGGAAUUUGUAUCAGCUGCGUCUGAGCUUCGUCCUGAUUCUGGGGUCAACCGAACUAUAAUUGAGAAGCUUUCAGUUAGUGCUCCAUCUGGAGAGGCCAGGCUUAGGGUCUUGAAGGAAAUUGCACAAGAGUACAAUCUGAAUUGGGAUUCUUCUAAUACUGAAGCAGAAUUCAGUAAAACGCAUGAGGAUCUGCUGGGUGGAUCCAAGCACGUAAGUGGUGGAGCAGCACCUUCUCAAGCUCCGGCAAAACAAGGCUCUUUUAGUUCUUCACCUUCUAAUGGGGCACACUCUAUUGUGGCUGCAGAUAUUAAACAAGAACCUAAGUACCUUCAUGCUCCAAGACCUUUAAGGGAGACACACACAUCAUACACUAAUGAGAUUCAACCAUCGAUUAAUGAUGAUAAAGCGGCAGCAGUUAGUGAUACCAAAAGGGAGACAAGACCAAAAUCAUCUGAGAUCCUGGAGAGAGCUCGAGCUGCCAUUGCUUCUGCUGAGCGUGCAUCUGCUGCUGCCCGUUCCGCUGCAGAGCUGGUUAAGUCCUUGUAGUGCUCAAAUGAAUAAUUGGAUCAAGGUGCACAGCAGGAACAGCACAUAAGAAAGCAUACGUCACACCAUGGAAUACACUUUCCAAUAGUUUUUAAAGAAGGUGCUGAGGAUUAUACUGUAUUGACGAAUAUGAUCAUUUGUAUAUCUUGUAUCUUGUGAUGGUCAAGAACUCAUUUGUUUUUCUCUAACAUUCACCAACUGUUAUCUAUUGCAAUCUCUUUUCUUGAACUUA